AUGCAGCCGUCGACGUGCUACACACUUCAUGACGCUUACGAUCAGCAAGCUGCCUCGACGCCAGACGCCAUUGCGGUUGUCGGCUGGGGUCGGUGCCGGUUCCAGCUGACCUAUGGCGAGGUUUCGGCGAAGUCGAAGGCACUGGCUUCCACACUGUCCAAGAUUCGACAUAGAGAGGAGAGUGGUGGUGCUGCCUCGGUGAACUGGACGGUAGUCGCCAUCCACCACUCACGGGAGGCCUUGCAGUCGCUUCAGGAUUUCGGUCUUAGGACGUACGGAGAUUGGAACGAUGCUCUCGUAAUCGUUCUUCUAAUUCUCCAGCAAGUCUUCGACGUCGUGCCUAGGCUGAACCAAGCUUUCAAUCUCUGGAUCAUGACCAAUCCCUUCGCAAUAGCCUUGCUUGACUGGCAGACCCUGGCCUGGAACGAGGAAGGCAAGAGGAACGAUUUCGUGGUGCAUGCUCUUCGACCUUGGCUGGUCAUCGGCGGAGAUAGCAAUGGCGAGGCGCACUGCUCUGUGCCUCGACUGGAGGAACCCCGCGGAUAUCUGCUCAACGGCGACGACUACUGCGCGACCGCCGACCCCUCGGACGUGGUUUGCUUCAUUUUUACCGGCGGCACAGUGCGGACGAAGAUCGUCGAGGUCACGCACAGGAUGUUCUUGCAUGAGAAGUCGAGCUACCGGGAGCUCUGGAAUCCAAAGCAGCCGCCGGUGGUUCUGGCGCAUACCAGCGUCUACUGGGCCGCGUCCGCUCUGGGACAGCUGAGCAUUGCCUUGGCAUAUGGCGGAACUGCUGUCUUGACCGAGAUGACAGAAGUGGCAAAGUUGCAGCAAUGCAUUGCCGAGGAGCAGAUCACAGUGCUGGGUGUGGUUCCUGAGCAUCUGGACCUGCUCGCUCGCAAACCCGCAGAGGAUUUGCCGAACAUCGACCUCGUUUUCACCUGGGGAGAGCGGCUGCCUCCACAGAUUGCGCAAAGGUGGCGCGGGCACGGGGCGGCGCUCCGGGAGCUCUUGGUCUCCUCCGAGUAUUGGCUCACGUGUUGGGCGGACCCUUUGGAGGAUGGGCUGCUGCACGGCGUGCGUGCAGCCAAGAUUCUCGUUCUUACGGACAAAGGUACCGAAGCUGCUGAUGGAGAGCUGGGGCUUCUCUGCAUUGGGGGUCCGAUGGUAAUGGCGGGCUAUCACCAGAAUGCCCGUGUCACGACGCCUACGGAUGUCUUCCUAGUGCACGAGGACCAGCGUUACUUCCGGACGAGCGAUCUGGUGCGCCGGGAACGAGGAGGAAUCGUUUUCAAGGGUCGGGCCGACAUGAUGGCAAAGUCUGGCGGAAAAUGGGUCGACAUGACAGCUGUGGAGGAUGCCAUGAACAGCACCCCCGGUGUCCACGCUGGGAAGAUCCUUCCGGACAACGCCAAUGAGCAGUUCCAUGCCUUCCUGUCGCUGUCCGGGGAGCAGAUGCUGCGGCCGGACCGUGUGCUGGACGCCGUGAGGCAAAAGCUGCCGCCAAAGGUGCAGUUGUGGCUGGUGUCCGACCUUCCCCGACAUCCGGUCACUCGUAAAAUAGACCUGGCGAGACUGUAUCGCGUCAUCCAGGCUCCGCCAGGCUCGUGGCCCCUUGAGAACAGCGAGCCGACUCCAAUGUACAGGUCGAGACUCCACGAAACGCUCCAUAGCCAGGUGUUGUGGACCAUGGUGGCAGUGGGCACAUCCUGCGUUUGUGGCUGCCCCACAGGCGAUUUGCCUCGACAGUUGGGUCUCACAGCAGCAUGGCUCGCCACCUUGCGCUUCUUGGCCGGCUUGCCAAAGACCGCGCCGGUCCCACGCAUUGCAGCGACCGUGCUUUGGCUCCUGGCGCUGCCGCGCUGGAACAAGGGCAUGCUGCUUCGGUGGCUCUGCUCGGCUUCGGCCCUGACCUUUAGCUUCCUCGCGCUAACGUACGCAGACGAUGAUCGGCAGCAGGGCCUGCCAAUGGGAGUAUGGAUCUUCCGGAUCAUUGAUGAGCUUCCCCUCUGGAAGUUUGGCUUCUUCGUUUGGACUGCGCUGCUGCGGCAUGCCCCGGCGCCUUUGGGCUGGACAGCGGCUGCUGCGCUGGCAGCUGCCACAGCGACCGGCGCCAUCUUGGCGGGCCGUCGGGGUCGUCUCGGUGCCUGGCCGGUGCUCUUUUGGAGCAUAGGCAUCGGCCACCAGCUCGAAAUGGACAGCCGCAACUGGGUCUACCUGGCCGCAUGGCGUGACCAUGCCACAAAGAUGCUGGGCCUCUGCCAGGAGCAGCUCAUGCGCUUUUGGCCAGCACCUGCAGCUUCUGAAGAGAAAGCCGAGGAAAAGCCCGCGGAGGCGGCCCAGGAGCCUCCGAAAUGCACGGACUGCGGACUGGAGGUCGGGCAGUGGGCGCUGACUCUGCCUCGCCGGAAGAUCCUCUGCGAGAGCUGCACACAGAACUUCUGUGCGACUGCAGAGGCGAACGUGGCCGCCUUUGUGGAAGGUGCAUCGCCGGGCCUCGCCGAGCCCUUAGCUAAGCGCCCACGGCUGGAUCCUGGAGCCGGCGGCGAGGUGUCGUACCUGCAGCGGCUGAAUGCGGCCAAGGGGCAAUCGUCCGUUUCUGGCGAUCUGGUCGACGGCGUCCAGCGCUGGUGGUGGUACCAUCACGUGUGCGACGAAAUCCACGACCUCCCCACACCGAUCGGUUGGGAGGAGGAUGCAGAGCAGUCACCGGAUCCGAACCCGAACCUAAGCGCGGAGGCACAGCGCCUGUUUAAGGCAUCCAGGCAGCCUUUAUGGGGUUCUUUGGUGUUGGUUAAAUAUCUUCCAUUUUUUUCUACCUUCCACGAAAACCCUUCUCUAUCUAUUAUGGCCCUGUGUUAUGGCUGUAUCUGUGUUAUUGCCAGCCCGCCCUCUUGGGCUUGCAAAGCGGAGUCGCUGAAUGUCUGCAUCGUCGAGCUUGAGCCAUUAUAUACAAAGAGCUCCUACGGUGGACUGCCCCGACAGCAAACCCUAUACCCGAAACCCGAAAGCACACAACCAGAAGUGUGCCGAAACCCUACAACCCUGAGCCCUGCAGUCCGAGUUGUGAGAGUGUUACUCCCUGAGCCCUACCCCGAGGCCCUAACCUUGAAAACCCCCAAAGCCUUGAACUCUAAAGCUCCUCAAACAGCCGGAAGCCGAGCUGAACCCUGGAGCCCCAGACGCCGUAUUGACACCAGAGGUUUUCGCUUUGGGCUUCUUCUGGUUUUAGGGCUUAGGGCUUGGGGGUUUACGGUUUCCCCCUCAACCCUAAACCCUAAUCCCUGA